ACACGCCGACUAACCGCCAGCAAUUUACUAAAUCUCAUUGUUGACAUAAGUUCGGUUUCCUUCUCUCUCUCUCGCAAAACAUCAAACCGUUUUGUCUCUUUGCGAUCAGAUCUCAUCGGAGAGCAAUUAUGGCUUCAGGUUUCAGCGGCGAUGAAACUGCUCCUUUCUUCGGAUUCCUCGGCGCCGCCGCCGCUCUCGUUUUCUCAUGUAUGGGAGCAGCGUACGGGACAGCGAAGAGCGGGGUCGGCGUGGCGUCGAUGGGUGUGAUGAGACCAGAGCUUGUGAUGAAAUCGAUUGUUCCCGUGGUCAUGGCUGGUGUGUUAGGUAUCUAUGGUCUCAUCAUUGCUGUCAUCAUCAGUACUGGAAUCAACCCUAAGGCCAAGUCUUACUACCUCUUCGACGGCUAUGCUCAUCUCUCUUCCGGUCUCGCUUGUGGUCUCGCCGGUCUCUCCGCCGGUAUGGCUAUUGGUAUCGUCGGCGACGCUGGUGUUAGAGCGAAUGCACAACAACCGAAGCUGUUUGUGGGAAUGAUUUUGAUUCUCAUCUUUGCUGAAGCACUGGCGCUGUACGGUCUCAUUGUUGGUAUCAUCCUCUCGUCUCGUGCUGGUCAGUCUAGAGCCGAGUGAACUCAGAAAGCCUUUUGGUCAAGUCCUUUUGUAAUGUUUAUGAUAUGUUUCACUUUUGGUUUUCUUUUGUGGCAUUGUGAGUUUUUUGAGUUUCUCAUGGGAACAAGCAAAACAUGGGUGAUAAUCAUUUGACUUUCUGGUUCUAAUUAUAUUUUUCAUUUGCACACUCUAUGGAAUACUUCAAUAAUUAAUAAAACAAUAUGAUGAUUUAGUACC